AAGGUCUGAGUGAAUGUAAGUAAUAAAUAGUCGAUUAGACCAUGUUAGUUAUCAAUGGAAUUGGUAGGUACAUCUCUAGUGCGCGUAAUGUAAUAUGGACGUACAGACGCAACGCAAAGCAAACUUUGUCUUGAUUGUGUAUUAAUUAGUAGAACUAGAGACUGUAUAAACAAAAUGGAAGCAGUAGAAGAACCUCCACUUCAUAAUACAACUGUAGAUAAUAAGAAAGUAACAGUUGUGUUUGACGAAAACAACGAAAACGCUGUGGCUUCGGUAGCUACUGAUGUAUGUCACAAAUCAAACGGCGUCGCGGAAUCCGAGUCUGCCGAAGUUGCUGCUGUAGAAAGUAACUCAGUGCCAAGCGAAGAUAGUAAAUGUGAGCCUGAAAGUGCUGAAACAUCUGCAGACGUGAAUAAUAAAACGCAGGAUAUCAUCGAAGAAGUAACAGAAGCUGCUGUGCCCAAAAUUAUCGAGUCGACUGACACAAAUGUAGAGUGUAGUCAGCCAACCACUGAUGACUCCUCUCCUACUGUAGAAGAACCUGCAGUUGUCAAGGAAGUUGUAUCAAUUGCUCCUGAAGAAGAAACAGUAGUUGAAGUUGAUAAUACUGCACAAGUAUGCUCAGAGGGAGUCACUUUUCAGACUGAGAUAUUAAUUGAAACAAAUGAUAAUGAUAUGACUGAAACAAUUACUGAAGAAUUAGUUGUUGAUGAUCAGCACUCCAACAAUUUACUCAGUGAACUUGGUCAAAGCAUUGAGCUUAGUGAAGCUUUACGCUCAUCAGAUGUGAGUGAUAGUGUAGAAAAUAAUAAUAGUUCUGUUAGACAGGAAGUGUUCAACAAAGAGGAGCUAUUGGACAUCUUGGAAGGCAAUGAUGAAGAACAAAGUGAGUCUCUAAAUUUGAAAAAUAUGUCAUCUGAUAAAAUACUUGAAGCUACUAUAGCUUUGCAGCAACUUAACCGAUUAAAAAAUACUGCUAAAAAACGCGGUCCCAAUGAAAGAUUGUCAAGAAAUCGAAGAACCGAUAAAAUUGAGAAAGUAUCCCAGCAGAAACAAAAAGCAAGUGUAGAGGAAAACAUAAAAGAAAUUGUGAAAGGUAAUACGGAGGAAAAUAUAGUCAAUGUUCUUGUGAAAGAGUGGGAUGAUGAGGAUUUGGAAGGGGAAAAGACAAACAAGUUGUUGCAAGAGAGUGAACACUUGCUGAAGACUACUGAAGAUGUCAAAACCCAAGAGGUUGUUGGUAAAGAGGAUGAACAAGCAUCAGCUCGGACAUCCAUCGACUCAUCUAGUGAUGGAAAAUUACAAGUCUUAAACAAAAGCAGUGAUGAGGGAGCACCACAACGCCGUCUUGGUAGAGUUAUAAAGAAAAAAGUUAUAUUUGAUCCAGAUAACCCAGAUACUUUUACUAAAUCUAAAUCUGCUACUAAAAGCAAAGAACCAAGCAUGGAGAAAGAUGUGACUCCAUCAAAAAAAAUUAAGACUGAACCAACUUUUCAGAGGACCAAAUCUAAGUCACCUAUUGCAAAAUUACAAUGGAAAAAGCCUUCUCCUAAGAACUGCAAACAAAAUAAGCGACUGACUGAAGUUGAUAAGCUGUUGAUGGAUGAAGGAGCUGUAAAUAUGAUUUAUCAGCUCACUCCUGAAGCCCAAAAGGGGAAAAAGAAUAUGAAAACCAAAGCAGAAUUUAUUAAAAAAUUACAAAGCUCAACACCUGUCUCUAAAGAAAUGAAAUUUAGAGAAAGGAAAAAGGAGUCAAAAUAUGAAGAAGGAGAAGCUAAGAAAAUUCUAGGUGGUAAACAGAGAUCAUCUUUAAAUAGUUCAGUAAAGUCACCCUCAGUAUGUGAAGAUUUUGAGGCACAUAGUGCAGAUGAUUCUAUUAUUUAUAGACGGCACUCUUCAAGCUCUUACUCUAGUUCGUGUAUGAGUCCACGACGGUUGAGUGAUGUAGAGUCACACAAACAAACUGCACAGGCAGAUGUUCAAAAUCAGUCUGCUGGUGAGAGCACCAAUAAUCAACCUUUGGCUGAUGUAUUCAUGUCAGAUGUUACAGAUGCAAUCAAACCAGAUGCAAUAAAUAAAGAUGAUUGCUUGUCUAUAAAAGAAAAACUGAAUUCUAAAUUAAAUCUUGCCUUAAAUAAGAGAAAGCGUGAGAUUAUAAAAGGUGAAAAACCAUCAAAAAUUAAAAAGCUAAUGAAAACUGAAGAAAAAUCCCAUGUAAAUAGUGAAGAUUUUAAAUACAUGUCCAUUCAUUUUGAUCAAAGAUUAGCUGAGAUUUGUGUUCAGAAAGCAGGGUCUAGAUGUAAUAUUGAGAUGUUAAAAGAGUUUGAAAAGGCACUACAAAUGGUGGAAGCAAAAAAAGACAUAUCAGUGACACUGUUAUCAUCCGAGUGUGCAACCGCAUUCUCAGAUUUAGACUUAAGACCAUUGUUGGAUGACAGUAUUGAGACGUCAGCUAACUUUGCUUACGAGAUGGCUGAAUGUGUAAGAUCUCUAUUAGAAACACUGGAACAACAUGGCAAGCUAUUAUGUGCUGGGGUGAAUGGUAGAUGUUCAGGUGUUGGCCUGGCGUUGAUUGGUCUAAGCGAUGUGGCGUUCGCCUCUGAACGAGCAAGCUUCGCCAUCAGCCCUAAGUCACAUGGGAGUGUUGCGCCGAUAGAGCCAGGAGCUGCGGCAUUUACUACAUACAGACUUCUGCCUCAACCAUUGUUGAAUGAUUUGAUCGUUUUUGGUCGUCGGUUGUCAGCAUCGGAAGCAUUGCAAGGUGGAUUGGUAAGCCGCACAUUAUGGCCUGAAAACUUCAAUGAACAAGUCCAGACGAUCGUUAAAGACAUUGCUUCACAACCCGCACGAAAUAUCUGGCUAAAGAAACGGAUACUAAACAUGAAGAAGAGUGGGUCUGAGUCUACAUUCCUGGGGUACUUGGAGAAGGAGCGAGAUUUACUAGUGGAGUACUGGACCUCGACAGAAGGACAGAACAUCUUGCGUGCAACAUACAACGCCUAAUUUUUAUUACAAAGAAAUGAGUAUAUUUACAUUUUGCAGAUAGUAAAAGGAAACAGUUUCAGGUCAAUGUUUUUGAUGACCACACAGUUGCUUUGAAAAGAAUAACACUUCCUUUAAUGACAAAAAUUAUAUUAUUGAAAUCUGAUAUUUAGUUAAAGGUUAUUUGCAUAUCCAGGUAUUCAUUUAAGGUUUAAUCAUAAUGUAUAAUGGCUAUACAUUUAUAUAAAUGACAAAUUGUCCGACUGACAUCAAAAUUUAAAAUAUUGUUAAGUGUCUGCCCUACAAAUGUAUUCGUAUAGGGAUUAGGUAUUGUGCAAAGACUGCUAUUAGUGCGAUGGUAGGCAACCAAGAGUGAGUGCAGGAAGAAUUUGUGAAAUGGUUUGAUUUAUGAGCAUAUUUAGAUCCUUGGUGUUGAAUAGGUUAUAGUUAUAGAAUAUUAUGUUAUGUUAUAGAUGAAAUUGUUUAUGUCCUUGUUUUAGAUUUUAUGAGUUUAUGACUAAAGGUUUAGCAUAAUUUUCUUUUUCAGCCAAAGUUUGCAUUUACCGCUUUAUUUAAAAACAUCUUAUAUACAAUAUAUCUGAGGUGAUACUUCAUGUAAAGCUUAAAAAAUGUUAAUAAGUAAAGCAGUAAAGGAUAUUUCAUAAUAAAAUAUCUGAUGUCUGACCACAGUUAUGUUUUAUAGAUUACAUUAAGUACCAUUCCAUUUUUAAAUGGAACAUAACUGGCAAAAAGAUUAUAUUUUUCAUCCAUGUUUUGGUUCAAGAUAAUACUGUUAAAUUAUUUUAUGUUUAUAUUUAUAAGUAUACCUACCUAGUGGUAAAUUUAUUUCUUUUGGUUAAAAUAAAGUGCCUUUUAUAAUAUCGAAAUCGAUUAUAUAUUUUGAGUAUAAACAAAUGUACUAUAAUUAUAUACAAUAAUAAUAAUAGAAUGCUGACCCUUAGAAUGAUUUUUCACUAACUUUGAUUGGGUGCACAGACAUCACAUAGGUAGUAUUGAAAGUCAUGGCCGCCGGCAGUUAGUUGUUUUUGAAGAAUGGACCGAAAUUAUAUCGCCUGUUCGCUGUGUUUCAUUGUCAAUAUUUUACGGGAGCAACGCGAACAGGUGGAGUGCAUAAGAUGCACUGGCAAUGUUGCACUUUCACCACAUAGUACAAAUAAUUGUGUGGUAUGCGAAUGUCGCGAAUAGUCUAAUAUUGUUGUUUGAACAUGUUUAGAUUUGUUAGUUGAUAAAGAUUACUAUGGGUUGAAUUGAUGAAUGUGUAAAUACGUUGUGGUGAAAAGGGUUUGAGAAAAUGUUUAAAUAUUAUAUUAUCUCAUUAAUUCGGUUAGUGGUUGAUGUUGGACUAAAUGAAGUGUGUACAUAUUGGAUUUAAUGUUGAUGGAUUUAAAGCUUUUAUUGAUGUGACAUCUUAAUGUUUAAAGGUUCUUAUAGGAAAGUAUUCCACAAUGUGUUGUUUUCUAGUUGUUAAUACCUGUCACGUAGCUUGUGUUUAUCCGACUUGCUGUAACACUGUACAAGCGACAAUAUACUUUAUUCAUAAACAACUAUAUGUUUGUAGCGCUCAUAAGUUGAGCCUCUCAUCACUUUCACAAAUAUUUAAAAAUUAUUAUGUAUGUGUGUUGUGGCACCUAUAAUUUUGUCAUACUAAGUAAGUGUUAAGGUUCAUUUUCUACUAAUUAUUUACAUUCAAAUUCUUGUUCAUGUAUUGUAUCAUUUAUAAACCCUCAAAACUUAUCAAUAUUGUCGAGAUAUUAUUUUCUUUAUAUAUUUGUACUUUAUUGGCAAACCUAAUCUUUCAUUUACUUUUUUUAAAUAAUUCUUAUUCGAAAUAACUCGCAUGAUAAGUAUAAGAUUUUCUUUUUAAUUAGACAAUGUUAUGUUUAAAAAAAUAAAUUCAUCCAAAUAGUUAAGGUCAUUUAAAUUAUGGGUUAAAUAGUUUUAAGUCACAGAAUUAUGUCACAUCCGAGUAUGUGAAUAGUGUAAAAUUAUUAUAAUUAAGUACUCUA